GUAACAUAGUAAAGUCAAAAGCUGGAGAGCAAAAUGUCGGAUUUCGAAGACGAGGAGGGAGUCGAUGAACCAGUAUUAGAUGACGAAAACGAGGAGGAAGGAACCGAAGAGGAGGAGAAACCUCCAGAGAAUCCCCUCACUGAGGAAAUGUUAGCCGACAGCCUUUCUUUGAUGUGCAAAACUGGAGACGGAUUGGCACAUGCAUAUGUAAGACUUGACGUCCACGAAAAGGAGCUGACAGAUAUUAGUAUACUCAACUGCUUUAUUCAUUUAAGAUAUGUGGAUGUCAGUGGAAAUCAGUUGAUGGAUAUUUCUUCACUUAACUCAUUAACUCACCUACUUACACUGAAGGCAGACAGGAAUGCCUUGCACUCAGCCAAACUUGAUGAGUUACCAUAUCUACAAAUUGCAAGUUUUGCCAACAAUAAAAUUAUGGAUACAGAGGGUAUCAAUCAUCCCUUGUUAGAACAAUUAAACUUAUCAUUCAAUGAGAUAGUUGAAGUAACAGGCUUUGAUCCAGUCAAGUUGGACAGACUAAGGGUAAUGGAACUACGAGGAAAUAAACUCAUGACCACUGUGGGACUUUCUAGUCUUCCUAACCUAAAGGAGUUAUACUUGGCUGCAAACACCAUAAGAACUCUUGAGGGGCUGGACAGGUUGGAACAUCUUGCAAGUUUACAUCUGCGUGACAACCAGAUUGAGAAGUUGGAUGGUUUUUCAGAAAACAUGAAAAACCUUCAGUACCUUAACUUGAGGGGUAAUAAUGUCACUGACAUGAAGGAAAUUGCCAAACUCAAAUGUUUACCACUGUUGAGGGCAUUACUUUUAAUGGAAUGCCCGGUGUCAGAUGAGGAUGAUUAUCGCAUAGAAGUGCUGAUCAGUCUACGGAGACUGGAAAGGCUGGACAAAGAUGAGUACACAGAUGAUGAGAGACAAGAGGCAGAAGAGAUUUAUGAACAAAGAAGACAAGAAGAAGCAUUAGCAGCUGGGACCCAAGAAGUUAUACACACAGAUGAUGAUGACUAACAGAAUAGUAAUAAGACUGUUGUGUGUUAUUAAUACACUUUUUAUGAACCAGUGACCAAGUACAUUAAGUGUGAAUUUGUGAUUUGUUUUGUGGUAUUGCAAUCUAACUAGUCUCAGACACAUUGUAAAUAAAAAUCUGCAAGAUGACUUGGUGUAAAAAGAUUGCAAUUCCAUAUUAUUUAUUUAAUAACUUUCAGAAAGGGAUUAUUGUUGCUUUGACUUUUUCCCUUCCGAGACUCAUUUAUAUUAAGUAUCAUUUUCUUCUAAUGUUAGAGAUAUGACAUCAUUGCAAAUUCAACUAAUAGAGCCGUUGUACUGUCUGCUCAUUAAGGUCUUACCAUAACUUACAAAAAUAGUAUUGUAAAUAAUUUUUUAAGAAAUUUGUUAUGAUUUUGAUCUCUCUGUCCAUAUACUUCAGAGCACUUGUAACAUGUUAAGUCAUCUUUAAGGUUUUUAUUCUAUUGAAAACAGUGCUUAUUUUGUUCUACUCUUUUAAAACAUCAAGUACACUUCUGUAAUGGCACAAUUUAUACUCAGUUCAAAAUUCAGUGGAAUCUACUCUUAUUUUUCAGUGAUGAACAGUACAAGGUAUUUUUGAAUAAUCUA